CCGCGGCGCAGGCGGUCGCGUCGAACGCAAGCAGACGACGGCACGGCGCCCCUAUAUAUACAGCCACAGCCACGGCGGCGAUCACCUCCCCACCCAGAACCUCCUUGUCGCCGGCGAUCGAUCCUUCUAAAUCCGUCGCCCACCCAACCUCUCCUCCGAUCCCGUCGACUCGCGCUCCGAACCUCGGAGGCACGGACUCGACCCCAAUGGCUCUGCCAAACACCCCGCCUGUGGACUUCCCCAGCUUCAAGCUUGUCCUCGUUGGCGACGGUGGCACUGGGAAGACGACGUACGUGAAGAGGCACAUCACUGGGGAGUUUGAGAAGCGAUACGAACCAACAAUCGGGGUGGAGGUGCGCCCUCUCGACUUCACCACGAGCCACGGCAAGAUAAGGUUCUACUGCUGGGACACGGCCGGCCAGGAGAAGUUUGGUGGCCUCCGUGAUGGAUACUACAUCAAUGGUCAGUGUGCCAUCAUCAUGUUUGAUGUCACCUCAAGGAUCACCUACAAGAAUGUUCCCACCUGGCACAGGGACAUCAGCAGGGUGUGUGAGAACAUCCCGGUUGUCCUGUGCGGCAACAAGGUGGAUGUGAAGAACCGGCAGGUGAAGGCCAAGGCAGUGACUUACCACAGGAAGAAGAACCUCCAGUACUACGAGAUCUCUGCCAAGAGCAACUAUAACUUCGAGAAGCCUUUUCUCUACCUUGCAAGGAAGCUCGCAGGGAACAUGGACGUCAAGUUCGUCGAAGAGUUAGCCCUCGUCCCUGCCGACGUGACCAUCGACGUUGCUGCACAGCAACAGAUUGACAAAGAGAUCGAACUUGCUGCAGCGAUUCCCCUGCCGGAUGAGGACGAUGAUAACAUGGAUUGAGCUCAGCUAGAUGCUGUGUCAGGCUGCCUUGGUUUAGUUCUAGCUUACUAGUGUGUGGAUGGUAUUAAGAGUGACACAUCUCUUUUGGAAUUUCAGUUGUAGCGUCAGUAGUAGGUUAGUAGCUAUCGGCUGCUUUAGUGGUUGUUACUGUGUGUCGUCUCAACUCUCAAGGAGACAUUUUAGUCUUGGUUGAGUUGUUGGCUUGCUGCCUGAGGAAUCUGAUGGAAUUCAAAUAGGAACGAUAAGUUCGUUCAUGCUUUAUUGUUAUUCUGGGCAGCUUGGACUCACGGGUUGGAAGCUGCGCAACAGGCAAUAAUGGUUUCGUGUAGCUA